UUCGAGAUCGCCGCUCGCAAACACCACGACGGUGAAUAACCGCAACUUCUCGCAGGAACGCCGCUUCAGUGACUGAUCUGGCUUCUGCUACCAAUCUUCAGCUCACGUGCUCACAUCAUGCCAGCAGCAUAUAACUCGCAGCAGAAAGCUGCUAUCAACGAGUUCGUCACAGUUACGCAGAGUGACAAGUCCACAGCAGCGAAGAUCCUGAAACAGCACAAUUGGAAUGUGUCAGCAGCAGCUAACACCUUCUUCACCAACUCAUCCGGCGCACCGAAUCCGAUGCGGAACACUCUCAGCAAGCUUUUCGACAAGUACCGUGAUGAUGUGGUCAACGAGCCAGACGAGAUCAACAUCAACGGCACCUCAAACCUACUGGGCGAUCUCCAAAUACCACUAGACGAUGUAGGCGCGCUCAUAUUCUCCGAAAUCGUACAAUCACCCUCACUAGGCAGGAUCACCCGUGACGGCUUCAUCGAGGGCUGGACCGAACAGUCCAUCGACACUACACCUAGAAUGCGCAAUGUCAUACUACAGCGCAAGUCUGCCCUAGCGCAAGACAAGUCCGUUUUCAAGAGCGUCUACAACCACACCUUCACCCUCGCGUUAGCGCAAGGCGCGAAGACACUACCGCUAGAGAUGGCGAUCGAGUUCUGGCGCAUGGUGUUCUCGCCGCCGUCAUUCGAUUGGCGAACGAGCAACAGCCCAUGGCUGGACUGGUGGCUGGAAUUUCAGCAGGCGAAGAAGACCAAGGCGGUGAACAAGGACUUGUGGAAGCAGACGCUCACCUUUGCGGAAGAGACGAUGAAGGAUGAUACGCUGAGCUUCUGGAGCGAAGAGAGCAGCUGGCCGAGCGUGAUAGAUGAGUUUGUUGAAUGGGUGAAGACGGAGAAGCGGCCGGGCGGUGGUGGCGGUGGUGGCGGUGGUGAGGCUAUGGAGGUGGAGUGAUCCGCCUCUAUAUGGCGGGUUUGUAUCGUCUUGGGAAGGCAAGCGAGAGCUCGGUAAGCCACUGCUGAUCAUAGCAUCGAGCCGGCGGGCAUCAAAAUCAAAUUAGCUCUGCUUUACGACGUGCACGGAACUUGAUUUUUGAGUGCGAGCAUCUGCUGGAGAUAUCAUCCCGCAUCAUUCUGAACAAUCGUCAAUCCGGUGGAUUACUUGUGUCCAAGGUCGGGGUGCAUUGUCGGCCAUACAGGGUGCGGCAUGGCCCGCCGUCUGUGCGUCAUUAACGCGUGCUAGGCGCGAAGCUCUCGCGAAACUGCGCCUGUAGUAGCUGUUUCUUAGAAACCAGCCAUAGCAGAAGGC